GCCAACACUGUCACCACCUGACCACAUGCAGACAACACUGCUGCCUGCAUUCAACACUUUGUUUAUGUGUUUUAUUGCCUUAGUAGUCUCAUUGCAGUCUAUGAUACACAUAGUUCUGUGCGUGUUCUAAAAGCAUACAAAAAUAAAAACCUCAGUUCGCAAUGAAUGAAAAAUCAAAUGGACCUGAAAACAUCAGGACAUUCUUGGUGAAGGACCAGGUACUGCCGCCUCAACCAUUUGGGUUAGACUGGGAGCAGCAGGUCGUCAACAUCCAGUCGAUGAAAGUUCGCGACGAUGACCUUAUUAUCUGCGCCUAUCCUAAAGCAGGCACACACUGGCUGUGGGAGAUGUGUCACAUGCUGCUUCAUGGGAGAGUGGAAUAUGAAACCCGAGCCAAAGAACACCUGAUGAUGGAGUUUGUCUCGAAGGACGCUCUCGCAAACGAUGACUCCCCGCGCAUCUUCAACACACAUCUUUAUUUCUCAUUAUUCAUGACUGAGAAAAUGAAAGAGAAGAAGGUCAAGCUGGUGCAUGUUUACCGCAAUCCAAAAGAUACUGUAAUGUCCUUGUACUUCCAUUACCGACAGCUCCUGUGGCACUCGCAGGACUUGAGAGAGUUUGUUCAAGAGUUCCUGAGAGGCGAAGUGUCGUUUGGGGACUAUGUGAGGUACCUGCAGCAGAUGGAGACAUUCAUGAAGGAAAACCCUGACCACCCUGUUGUGAACGUGUCUUUUGAGGAGACCAAGCGGGAUCCAGUGGGCGUGGUCAGGCGUCUGGCUGAGUUGAUGAAAGUGGACGCGAGCGAGAAGCUGUGCGAGGACAUCGUGGCAGCCUGUAGCUUCCAGAAGAUGAAGAUGGUGGACGAUACGCUUAAGCAAUAUUUGCAGACUCCUCUCAUCACAUUUAGCCAGAAACUAUACAGAAAAGGGGUCGUUGGAGACUGGAAAAACUACCUGACUGUGGCGGAGAGCGAGAUGAUCGACAAACUAUAUUGCGGAAGGACUGAAAGACUGCACUCUCUUUAAAUUUGAGUAUGAGUAGAACAAACGAAUGUACUGUACUAUGGCCUCGAACAGUCGUCAUAUCUGGAAGGAAUGGUGAUAUAACAUGUGAAGAAAACUUCAAAUUGUCAAGAUUUCUGCUUUCUAACACAAAUGUAAGAAUAUGCUAUUUUUAUGAAGGUAUAUUGUACAAGGGACUAACUGUGUUCUCAUAAAUGUUGAUUCUUCGUAUUUAAUUGCAAGGCUGAAGGUGACAAUAAGAAUCAACAAUAAUUCACUAGCAACUGUUCUAACGUAUAAUAUAAAGAAUGAUAAGAGUUAGUGAUUUGUUUUAAUACAAACACGGUGACUCAUUAGUGUGUAGCUGCUAAAGUGUGAAUGAUUCUUUUGAAAUUAUAACUGUAGAAGAAAAAUUAGUUUCUAACAGAAUAUUGAUUUUUUGAUUAUGUAUUAUGGAUUAAAUAUGCGUACUAUCAAAAUAAUGUUAUGCAUUCAUUUAGCAUAAAAUUGCAAGUAUAUGCGUCUCGUUCAUGGACUUUUUUAAACCUGUUUCAAAAUAUUAUAGCCUUCUUACUGGUGCCCCUAUAGACAGAAUUUGUAACCUGAAUUAAACAUAAUUAGUAUGGAAUAGUGUGAGAGUGGUGAGAGUUGAAUCCAUUGUCCUUAGUUUCACGAAGAGAGCAGCAACAGAAGUGGCAACAUAUAUUCAGGGAAUAUGUCUUCUUUUAUUAUUCUUGUGAUUCUCAGUUGCUGUUGUCAUUUAAUAGCUGCAGAAUUAAAGUCCAAAUUAAAAUAAAUAUUCGCUAAAUAUAGUUUGUAAUUUUAA